UAAAGAAGAGUGUUAGCCAACCAGGCUGCGGUCCCCUCCCCUGCUGCAUUCACCUUCCAUGACUCUUACCCCCUCCCCUCUCUCUGUCUUGCUCUUUCACUAACUCUCUCACCCGUGAGCACGCUUUCUGUCUUUUAACUUUCGAGCGUCUUCUCCUCCUCCAGCUCAACACCAAACCACAGAGGCCUGGAGGAAAGGAAACACUGGCACAAAGCUUCAUUGUUACACUUUAAUCCCCUUAUGUAUUUUUUACUUGAUCCUCUAUUCUAGUUGUAGAUGUGUUUUAUUUAUCCACUAUUAUAAAGUUACGCUACUACAUCAAUACUAAGUACUCCCAAGUGUACCACCUCAAGCCCGGCCUUUUCAGAUGUGGAACAACUUCUUUGUGCCCCAAGACGAAGAGGGGCGCGUGGGGGCGGCGGCCAGCGGCCAAGGCGGAGGUCUGGCUGCCUUGAAGGGCGGCCGCGCUCACAGGCGGAGCCAAAAGAUGAGCGACAGCCAGGACGGCAAGAUCAAGCUGGCCUUCCUGGUAUGCGCGGUGGGCGUGACGCUGACCGUACUAGGUGUGGGCACGGAAUUUUGGGUGGAGUUGGCGCAGCCCAAGAACUUUGACGGCAACCACACGUGCCAGAUGGCGCACUACGGCCUGUGGAAGGCGUGCGUGCACACCCUGUGGGUGGCCGACGUGGACCCCGAGAGGACCAGCUGUGGCCCCGCUGAACUACCAGGAGAAUCGAACUGCACCUAUUUCAAAUUCUUCACCUCGGGGGAGAACGCUGUCAUGUUCAAGAAGACAACAAACAAGAAUUUCAAUCUAGCGGCGGCCAUCUUGGCUCUCCUCAGUCUGACCAUGAUGGUGACGGGCUCCAUUUGCAUCCUCAUGACACUCAGCAAAGGAGUUUCCUUCUUUCUCAAGCCUGCGUCCUUCUGCUUCAUACUCUCAGGGAUCCUGGUCCUCGUCUCCAUCCUGAUGUUCCACCAGUCUGUGCUGGCCUUGCUGUCCAGCGACCGCUCCAUCCCGCUGCACCACCAGCUGUCCUGGUCUGCGGACUGCGUGGGCUCAGCGGGGGCCAUCCUGAUUUUCGGAGGCCUCCUUUUCGUCAUCCUUUCACUUCCUGUCAGUUCUUGCUUGCCACACAAGAACAACACCACCUGAUAUGCAAAUGUUGACAUCAGAAUGUCUAUUACUUUUGAUGACAUUUGAUCCGUGUGUGGAUGUUUUUUUUCCCCCACCAGUUUUACUAAAACACAACAAUUAGCAUAGCUUCAGCUUAGCAUAUUAAAGUUAUGACUCAAUACCUCACUGUAUAUAUAUUAUUUCCACUUUGUCUCCUGGCAUAAAGGUAUGCAAUAAAUUCUUUUUUAAAUGCAUUUUGAAAAAGAGGCUGUAGUGUUUAUUUUUUGGAUGCCAUCGCAAAAAAAAAAAGGAAAAAAAAUUGUAUGUAAAAUUUUGUACAACUAAAACCUGUAUAGACGCACAUUAUAAGAUCCACAGUGUACAUAACAUGUUUUUCUUUAUAUUUUAUAAAUGUUCAUGGUGUUGUCGCCGGUCACUUUAUUUACAAAUACACACGUCUCCCUUUA